AUGGAAGAAAAUGUGCGUGCAGUUGAUUGCCGAAAGGCAAGGAAGAAACCAAGAAUACCAGAAAACUGGAAAAGGGCUAAGGAAAAAGUAGAAAGAAAUACGAAAAUGAUGAUGCUUUUAGCACAAAAAAAUAAGGCGUUGAGGGAAAAGUUUAAGGAAUCCAAACAAUUACAACGUAAUAUUAAAACGAUCGAUCCCGACUUUUUUCCUACUAGUGAUUCAGAUGAUGAUCCCGCAUUUUCAAGAUUCAACAGUGCUGAUCAAUUACUAGCUCCGAUUCUUCCUUCCUCAAAUGGUUUCGACUUUGAAGAUUCACAUUUUUUAUCGGGACACGAAGUGACACCAAAUGAUAAUCUUAGGGACACCGAGAAUCUGACACAAAACGAGAUAGCUGAUGGAAAUACACAUAAUCUUACAACUUAUACUAAGGCCGGUACAAUUAGGAAAAGAAAAAAACACGACCAACCUCUCAAAGUCAGAAAUGAAGUGAAAAAAAGUGAGAUUAGAGAGAAACAUAACGUUAAACCACCCUGUCCUGCUUCAUGCAAAAAGCAGUGUAUCCAAAAUAUAUCGGAAGAGCAGCGAAAAAUUAUAAAUGAGAGCUUCUGGAGUUUGAAUGACAAAGAGAGGAAGGCUUAUAUGCUGCAUCACACCUCAGCUAAAUCUGUGAAACAAAGAACAGUAACAAGAUUUGAAUCAGAGGAGUACAGAAAAAAAGUAAGGUACAGUUAUUCACUUAAGGCCGUGCUCGGUACAAAGUAUGGAGUAUGUAAAACCUUCUUUUUGACAACUUUGGGCUACAAAUCAUCUAAUGACAAACCUUUACAUACGGCUUUGGCCAAUUCUAACGACACGGUUGCACCACCAGUAGACAAAAGACUGGGAGCUACUCCUCACAAUAAAAUUGAAUCUACUCCUAUUAAGGAACAUAUAAUGAGCUUUGAGCCGAGUAUAUCUCAUUACAGGCGUGAACACGCUCCCAAUCGCUUAUACUUACCCAGUGAUUUGACAAUCAGUGCGAUGCAUAAAGACUUUUUAGAAAAAAAUCCGUCUUGCAAAGUAUCUUACGAUAAAUAUCGAGAAGUAGUCGCAGAAUUAAAUAUUUCUUUUGUAAAGCUUGGCCACGAAGAGUGUGAGGACUGUGAAGAGUUCCGUUUACACGAUGAUACACAUACCAAAGAAAACCUUAAAGAAGACUGUCUAGGUUGCACGAAGUGGAAAAGUCAUAACAAACGGGCAUACAUGUCCAGAGAGCAGUAUAAAUUAGACAGUGAGCUAAAUGAAACUGAUACUGUUGUAUAUUCUGCUGAUUUACAAAAAGUUAUCAUGCUGCCCAGGAUAGACAUGUUCAAAACUGCUAUUUUUACUCAUAGGAUAGUGGUUUACAACGAAAGUUUCGUGCCAACUGGUCAAGGCCGAAAAGAUUUGAGUGUUUUUCCUGUACUAUGGUAUUCAGCAAAGCAAUUGCCGUCAGCACCGCAAUGCAAUCACGCCAAUUCAUCUCAAUACAAAUGUGGUUCUUUAUCGAUGCAAGAUAUGCAACAAUUUCACGAACAGUUUUAUAAAUAUCCAAUUAAAAAGGACCAGGAUGCGUUUAUUUUAAAACAUUGUAAAAUACAAAAAACAAAACGACGUCGUCCGAGGAAAGGCAUCCGAAAACCGACAGAAAUCUACACAAAAUUGUAUGUCAGAAAAAAAAUUUCCGCAAAACUGAUACCAGUGUGUCAAAAAACAUUCCUGGGUAUUCUUCAAAUAACUGUCCAUAGAGUUCGAAGAGUGGCAAAAGAAUUUGCCAAAUCAGGUACAGUUGUACAAGAAAAAAGAAGCGGUGACCACAGGUCCGCCCAAAAUGAACCCAAGCUUAGAGCUGUACGGACAUUCAUAGAAACCUUUAAAUGUGUUGAAUCCCAUUACUGUAGAUCAAGUACAAUGAUCAGAAAAUAUUUACCAGCUGAACUUAACAUUAAGAAGAUGUGGAGAAUGUACCAACACCAAUGUCAAGAUGAAAACCUACUAGUACGACACUGUUAUUUCCGGAGAGUCUUUAAUAGGCACUAUAAUUUGGGAUUUGGCACACCUCGUACUGAUACAUGUUCAAAAUGUACCGAAUUACUAGAAAAGAUAAAAAACUCACGAGAUCAAUCGGAAAAAUCAAAACUUAUGGCUAAAAAAAAAAGAGUCCAUUCACUUAAAGCACAAUAUUUCUAUCGCUUAUUGAAAGAAAAAGCAGACAAUAUGAUAACGCUAUCUUUCGAUUGUCAGAAGAAUCAGGUUCUUCCAAAAAUUUCUGACCAAACGGCAUAUUAUAGUCGUCAGCUCUAUAUUUAUAAUUUUGGCACUGUGCUGUCAAUGCCAGACAAUACGCUAAACAAAAAUAAUGUUUUUUUGUACGUGUGGACCGAGGAUCAGCAAAGAAAAGGGGCAAAUGAAAUUGCCUCUGCAGUAUUUCACAGACUGCAAAAUUUAGAAAUAAAAGAAAAUGUGGACAUGAUUCGACUGGUAUCAGAUGGGUGUGGAGCUCAAAAUAAAAAUACAGUUAUGAUCGGAAUGGUUGGUUAUUGGUUGCUCAGACAUGCACAUGCGCAAAUCAAAUCAGUGGAGUUCGUUUUUCCCAUACCUGGCCAUUCCUUUCUUCCACCUGACAGGGUUUUCGGUAACAUAGAGAAAGAAAUAAAGAAAAAUGAAGAAAUUAUUGAUCCAGAGACAUAUAUUAAUAUUUUUGAUAGAUAUGGGACGGUGGUAAAAAUGGAAGAUAAAGUCAUGGACUGGAAAAAUGCUUUUGCCGGUAUCAUCAAACCACCUGCAUCAUGGCAUUUUAAAUUUGCACAAUGUAAGAGAUUUUAUCUUAAAAGAACAGCAUCUAACAUUUUGGUGAGAGGCGAAAUGCACUAUGCCACUGACAUGAUUGCAUACAAAAGCAUUCUAAAAAAAAGAAAAUCAUGGACAGAUGUAAACCCAAGAAAUUUACAACAAUACGAUGUUGUAGUUAAGAGAGCUAAAAUUUCUGACGUGGACAAUUUAUUAAAAAAGCAUUUCGGAACGGACUGGAAAGACAGAGAUGAUUUGACCUACUAUAAAGAAGUUUUGAGUAGAUCAGAAGCUCGGGACGGUCAAGCUGAAGAAUAUGAAGAAGAGGUUUGCGAAGGCGGUUCUGACUCGGAAUUACGAAUCUAG